AUGGCCCAAUCAGGUGUUUCUGUUGCACCCGAGUGCAUCACCGCAUUCAACGACCUCAAGCUCGGCAAGUCGACCAAGUGGAUCAUCUACAAGAUCUCGGACGACUGGAAGGAGAUUGUCGUCGAGGACUCGUCCACCGAAGCCAACUACUCCGUCUUCCGCGAGAAGCUUCUCAACGCAAAGAGCAAGGACCGAAGAGGCAACGAGGGCAUUGGUGGCAGAUACGCCGUCUACGAUGUCGAGUACGACACUGCUGGCGAGGGCAAGAGGUGCGCAAUCCUCAACUUGCCUUGCCGCCGCAUACUGACACCCACUGCNAGAAGCAAGAUUACCUUCAUCGCCUGGGUCCCUGAUGAUGCAUCGCAAUACGUGAGCCCAUGUCUCCUCCGACCAUCUACACCCACACAUACUGACCGCUCCAACUCUAGNCCCCGCAUGAUGUACUCGUCCUCCAAGGAAGCCAUCAAGCGCUCCCUCAACGGCCUCGCCGCCGACAUUCAGGCCAACGACCCCGAUGACAUUGAGUACGAGAGCAUCGUCUCCAGAGUCGCCAAGGGCCGCUAA